AUGUUCCAUCUUCUCAGUGGUGGUUUGACCACAUUCAAGUUUUCCAACAAGGGAAAGCUCCAGAUUAAGGACCACACCACAAAGGAGGACCUUGCAUACCCUGCAGAGUUCAAUAGUGAAGGCCAGUACUGCUUUAUACUGGUACCUCCUAGGCCAUGCCUAGAAAAAGAAGCUGAGCAGUUUGGGAGGUGGGGGAAAAUAUGCAACCCAGUAAAACUCAAGGAUGCACAGUUGAGCAAGGCCCUACAUAUUUAUAAGAUUAAGUCAUUCUCCAGUAAAACUGUUUGCAAGAUAGUGGCAAGACACCAAUAUCCCAACACAGCUGCCAAGCUCAAGGCACUUUCCGAUACUGGCAAAAUUCUAUUACCUCUGGAAUAUCUUGAUUCUGCUACCAUUCCUGCGGGCACCCCUCAGUGCUGA